GAAUCGUGAGCGUUCGCAACGGCGGUCCAACCGGAGAAACGGAUAAUGUGUACGAUACGUUUGAAACGAAAUCGAAAUUUCACCUGCGCCAGUGUUUGAUCAUUUUUUUUUUUUAAAUAAUAAUAAUAAUAUAUAUAUUAAAUUUAAUCGCCGCCGUUGAUUUGCAUCCGCAUGUAACAAACGUCAACAAAAAAAAAAAAAAAUGAUUUUACCCGCCUUAUGGUUCCGGUUGAGCCUAUUUUUGACACUGGGAACACAUCCCCUAGUCAGUACCAUAAGUGACGGUAGUUCACACCGUGUAAAAUGUAUGGUCAGCAAAUACAGAAGUGUAGAUGGACGAUGCAACAACGUACAUCAUCCCAAUUGGGGAAUACAAAAUUCUCAAUUCCUACAACUGUCUGCCGAGACCGAAGACGGUUAUUCGUCAAACAAAUGGCCUGAACUCUCUGACGUAGCCGAAACGCUAAGUAACGUCCACCUUGUUGGAAAUAAUCACCUAACAAUUCUGUCUGGUAUGUGGGCAGAUUUUAUUAGGCAAGAUUUGGCCAUUGCAAACAUAACAGAAGGCGAUUUUCUGUUCAAUGCUGCCACUAGUUUUUUGGACGCGUCUCCAGUGUACAACAAUAUUUCGUGCGAAACAUCAUUGUUAUCGAUUAAACGAACUGAAUCUGGCCACCUCGAAUCGAGUUCUUGCUUUAGCUCGACGUCUGAAAAUUCUAAAUUUAACUAUACUACGACGGUUCAUCGUUUGUUAAUAUCUGAGCACAACCGUCUGGUGGACGCGAUUAGGGAAAUCAAUCCGAAAUUGUCGAACGAUACGCUUUAUGAAGAAGCCAGACGAAUAACAAUAGCUCAGCUGCAGCACAUCACGUACAACGAAUUUAUUCCCAAUGUCGUCGGACACGCCACGGUAAACGAAUGGAAUUUAAUCCCUCUAAAGCGCGGAUACUAUACACAAUAUUCGAGUGCUAUCAGACCGGGAGUAUUGCAAAGUAUAUUCGCAACCGUCUUGCCUAUAUUGCCAGCUAUUAUUUUUGAUAAAAACCAGCAAAAAAAUUUGGGCGGAACGACCAACAACAAUUUGUCCAAAUCUAAUAUCGAGGCGUUUUUGAGCCUGGGAAGGCAGUUGAAAAUUCCUGCUUACAAAACAUGGAAGAACCUAUGCGCUAACAGAACUACCGAAUCGAAUAGCUAUUAUUUAAAAACAUUAAAUAGGGACGACGACAGCGAUAUAGAUUUGUUGGCCGGUGGUUUAUUGGAAACUCCUCUAAAGGGAGCGGUAUUCGGUCCGACAUUUUCUUGUUUGAUAGCAAAACAGUUUUCCAAAAUUAAAGACGCCGACCGAUUCUGGUACGAAAAUGAUUUUCCACCAACGACGUUCAGCAAAAAUCAGUUACAAGAAAUAAGGCAAACGACUAUGGCGGGAAUGGUUUGUUCGAAUUUCGACGACGUUAACACAAUGCAACCAAAAGCAUUUAUUGAUCGAGACGAUUACUUAAAUCAUCCGAUAAACUGCGACCAACAUCCUAAAUUAGACUUGUAUCAAUGGAAAGACAAACCGUUAGACAGUGACGAAUUACCAGUAAAGUAUGCGGAACGAGAAUUGACAGAGACCGUUGAUGACACAUUAGUAAAGGAAGCGUGGAGGAAGGCUGAAGAUGACGUUAGUAGAAGAAAGCAAACGGAAUUUUUGUUAUGGUCAAAAAAAGGAGGAGUCGAUCCGAAAUCGCCCAUGGGAACAGCCGCGGCGUUUAGUAAAGCUAGUAAAUCGGCUUUGAUAUUAGCAAACAACUCCUUGUUAUUCGAGUUCGCUUCCAGAGAGCUGCUAAAGUCUUUGGGGAAAAGACGUCGCCGUCGUCAGAUCUUGGACAGUGGUGAUCCGUUAUUUAGUUUGAACUCGAUAAGCCCUGGGUUUUUCGAUGGCCUCGAGCUAACCGAACUAUCUCCUCCGCCUCUUCAUCACGCCGAAGGCGAAUGUCCCGUUGAAACUGACAAUUGCAAUAUUUUAAAUCCGUUCAGAACGUUCAGCGGUUAUUGCAAUAAUUUAAAGAACCCGAAUUUCGGCAAGGCAAUGACAACGUUCCAACGGAUCUUGCCUGCAGUGUACGAAAAUGGAAUCAAUCAUCCGAGAUUAACGUCCGUAACUGGUUCUCCGCUGCCAUCUGCAAGAUUAGUAAGUGCUAUGUCUCAUCCAGAUAUUAGUCAUCUACACGGUCGUUACACGCUUACUCUUAUGCAAUUCGCUCAAAUAUUGGACCACGAUAUAACGUUUACGCCUGUUCACCGAGGAUACUUUUCAUCCAUACCAGACUGUCGUUCAUGUGACAGUCCAUUGACUGUGCAUCCGGAAUGCAUGCCUAUACCGAUUCCUCCCGGCGAUCCAUAUUUUCCCCAGAUAAAUUUAACCACCGGGCAACGCAUGUGUUUACCGUUCAUGAGGUCUCUCCCAGGCCAACAACGACUAGGUCCUAGAGAUCAAAUUAAUCAAAAUUCAGCUUAUUUGGAUCUAUCCACGGUUUAUGGUUCGGAUUCGUGCAUGGCAAAAGAUCUCAGAGCGUUUUAUAUCGGUAAACUUAAUGUCACCAUACAUCCCAUACCGGGAAGAAAGGACUUGCUUCCACAGUCGCCCAUACAUCCUGAGUGUAAAGCUCAAUCUGGUUAUUGUUUUAUUGGAGGCGAUGGUCGAGUGAGUGAACAACCAGGAUUAACAGCUAUGCAUACAAUAUUUUUAAGAGAGCAUAAUCGUAUCGCAGAAGUGUUGCAUAGAUUAAACCCUCAUUGGAAUGACGAUACGUUGUAUCAAAAUACCAGAAAAAUAUUUACAGCGGCGUACCAACAUAUUGUUUAUAACGAAUUUCUACCAAGGAUUUUGGGUUGGAACGCUGUUGAUAAGUAUGAUUUAAGGGUUUCUUCGACUGGAUAUUAUAAAAGUUAUACGCCCGACUGCCAUCCCGGCCCAUUUGCUGAAUUCGUCGUAGCUGCUUUCCGAAUUGGCCAUAGUUUAUUACGACCACACAUUCCUAGGAUGUCACCAACAUACCAACCUAUAGAACCAGCCAUAUUACUCAGAGAUGUCUUUUUCAAUCCGGAUAUCAUUUUCAGAGAUCAAAUGACUGAUGAAAUAGUUAGAGGCCAAGCUAGCACGCCAAUGGAAAAUUUAGACCAGUUUAUAACAGCUGAAAUCACCAAUCAUUUAUUUGAAAACAAGAAAAUACCACAUUCUGGAGUGGAUCUAUCCGCACUCAAUGUUCAACGCGCUCGAGAUCACGCUGUACCUUCAUACAACGCACUUCGUGUAAGAUGUGGCCUUCAACGAGCAAUUGCGUGGGAAGAUUUAACAAGAGAAAUGUCCCCAGAUGUCAUUGCAAGAUUUAAAACGAUUUAUGCAAGCCCAGACGAUAUCGAUUUAUUCCCUGGAGGUCUCAGCGAAUAUCCAGUCCAAGGCGGACUUGUUGGUCCAACGUUUGCAUGCAUUAUUGGUUUACAGUUCAGACACCUAAAGCAAUGUGAUCGUUUCUGGUAUGAAACGGAUGAUCCGUUAUUGAGAUUUUCAGAAGCUCAGCUCACUGAAAUUCGUAAAGCUACUCUGUCAAAAAUAUUAUGUGAAAACUUGGAUGUUAUGAGCGAUAUGCAAAAGGCCGCUUUUGAUCAGCCUAAUGAUUAUUUGAACCCGAGACUACCUUGCCCGGUGCUACCGUCGAUCGAUUUGACUUUGUGGAAAGACAGCAGACAAAACUGUAACAUUAACGGUCGUAUCAUUGCAGUAGGAGAGUCGCAUUUGCCGUCACCUUGCACGAGUUGCAUUUGCACGCCCGAAGGGCCCAACUGUGCGUCGUUAAGGGUUACUGACUGCGGUCGCUUGAUGAACGAAGUCGGCGUGGACAAAAUGAUGCAAGAUGACGUGUGCGCUGCUCAAUGUGCAGGAUUUGUCGAACAAAGCAUUAUAAGUCCAGACCCCUUAAUAUUGUCGUCCGGUCCACAAGUGCCGCCCUUUUUAGUGCCCCCCGAGCGGGGUCCCAGGUUUGUAGAAGAAAUAGAUCUUUUACCACCCCCUCAGCUGAUUCGAUCAAGACCGCACAGGAGAUUGAAGAGCAGGAGAAGACCGUUCAGGAGAGAUUUCCAAUUUCCCACAGAAACAAUAGUCAUUUGAAUUAGCAACGCGCAAUAUUUACCAAACUCAACCGAGUGUCUGUCUUUUGCUAAGAAAAUGGCAACCGCUAGCUGUUAUUGUUACCCGUAACAUAAUACGACGACUAGUGUAUUAAAAAUAUUUUAUAUUAUUAUGGUUGUACCUAUGAUCUAAGUAACUUAAUUGUUAUACUUUAUACGUAUAAACACGACUGAUAGCCCGUUAUGUAAGAAUUAUCCAUUAAAAUGCCAUGUUUUAGUGUAAAGGUUUUUGUUGACUACACAACGAAUUUAUUCAGCAUAAUAUUAAAGUAAUAGACUUAAAUAAAAACAGUUAAUGAUUAUAAACAUAAUCAAUCAUUUUUUUUAAAUAAUAUAAAUUAUCUGUUUUAAUAUUAAUGGCAUUUAAACGGUAGGUAAUGUUAUUGUAAUACACAUUACACACACACACACAUGAUACAUUAUUAGGCUUUUGGCUAAGUUAUCAUUGCAUUAUCCUUCAUUAAAGUAAAUUAAAAAACAAAAACUCAAACCUAUUUAUUGUUUUAUAUAGCACUUAAAUAAGUCAACAUGCCGAUAUACAUAUUUUAGGUUAAAUUGUCUGUAAGAGUUUAUUUAUAAAUUAUUACUAAAUUAAGAGUAUACUUUUAUUUUUUACAGUAGUAUUAAGUAUAUAAUAUUAUGAUACUAAUUUUCUUGUAUAUUCCUUUUAUAACUGCCCAGAUUUUAAUUUAACUAAUACUCAAAACGUUUUGUUUUUUAACAAUCCUAGUACACUAGCAAGCAUUAUAUCUAUUUGUAAUUAAAAUAGAAGAUUUUAUUGCUGUUUAAAUUCUUAUUAAAUUAUUUAUAGUGUAUUUUUCAACUUUUCGAUUCACCUUGCCAGUUAUUUAAUAGACUUUUUUUUUUUGUAUAACUUAAGCCUUAAGUAUUUGUGUCAAUAUUAUCGUGUUUGAAUAAUUCUUAUUAUAAAUUGUACAAUUCAAACUUUGUUUACAAUGUGUCCAUAAAAAUGUUUGUACAAAAAGAAAUCCAUUUAGGACUUGUAAUACUUAUGUAGGCAUUAAUAAUUUAAAG